UUUGAUGUUUUAUGUAGCUUUUUAAAUCAUUGUCUUUCUCAGACUGUAUGGCAUACGACUUUAGUCUUCAGUUUUUCUCAGAAUUUAUAAAUCCUAAUGGAAGAAGAACAACUGAUGUUAAUAUGAAUGUCCUAAUUCUGAUUAUUGUUUGCGAUUUACCGUACUUCCUAUCUUCAGAAUACGAUGCUAUUCCUGAAAGCUGUCCAGCAGGCACUGAGUUUUACAUUGCUGGCAAGUGUCUAUGGCCUGUAAACAACAGAGAAAACUUCUCCGCAGCGCAGGAGGAGUGUGGCUUAUCUGGUGGGGUACUGGUCGAUGUUCAGGACCAAGAAACAAAUGAAGCUGUCAAAAGCAUCAUCAAGGAGAAAAAUUUUAAUCAUGGGGCAUGGAUAGGAGUACAUGACAUGACGGAAACAUCUCGAUAUACAAAUAUGUUUAAUCAGACAAUUCAGUUUUCAAACUGGACGGAUAUUGAACUAGACGAAAAGGACAAACAAUGCAUCAAAGUUGAAUGUGUUCAGAUGGACACGGUCGGCAAAUGGAUGGAUGUUUGUUGUUCAAACAGUCUUCCUGCAAUUUGUUCCAAACAAUUAUUACAAUUCAAUACGUCAGAUGUUACGAAAAUAUCUAAACAAACAUCGGCAUCACAAUCAACACAAUUGACAAUGCAACAAACUAUGUCACAAUCAACACAGUGGACAACUAUGGGUCAAUAUUCAACAAAACCGACUGAACAACAAACUGCAUCACAACCAACACAAUGGACAGAACAACAAACUAUGUCACAAUCAACGAAAUCAAACUUAAAUUUAGCAUCAUCUUUAACAGUACAAAUAUCAACUACGCUGGCUGAUGGAAGUUCGACAGCAGACGAUAUUCUGACUUCAGGGUCACAAUUAUCAACGGUUACAAAUGCGACGCAGCAAUCAUCACAAACGGUUGAAUCAGCAUCUGUAACUUUGGACUCUACAGGUCCGACUUCAGAACUCCCAUCUUCUCCACAAAUAACGAAGACAACAGAACCAUAUUCUUCAGCCACACACUCAGAACUCACUCACACCUCACAAUCAAUGACAAAUUCAGAUGAGCAAUCAACGACAUCGAAAUCGUCAACUGAAUCCCAAACAACGCCAUCAACAAAAGCUACAAGAGACUGUUUCUGUCCUUGUGAACGUACCAAGAACCUACUUAUCAUUAAAAACGAAGCGCAGUUAAAAGCAAAAAUAGACAUGAUGAGAAAAGACCUUGCUGUGAAUAAGCCACUACUGUCCAGCUCCAUUCGAAGAAAGAUUUCGGUCUCGGACUCGCGACCUUCCUCCAUUGUGAUUGGUUCCACUUUAGGGAUCUCCUUGCUAACGCUGGUGUUGGUUUUGAUUUUUGUGAGCGAUUUUCAUCACCUUGUCACGGACAUUCGGCAUGGAUUAAAAAAUACUCGACGAGCAUUGUUGUUCCUCAAAAAUCACGUGGGCAAUGUUAAAAACAGAACCAUCUUUGCCAGUCAAGACUUUUCCGGUCAAACCCGCUCCCCAGAAAACAUUAAUGAGGAGCGGACCUGACCGAAAACACCUGGCUUUUGACAAGAGGAGUGGACCAAAAAUUCCUCGGCACGAUUACACGAGUAUCAAAAGCUUUGUCUUCUGUAACAAGUGAAACUUUGCAUUAUUUUCAACUUAUGAAUUAUAUAGUUCUGUCUGCGAGAUUUAGAAUUUGAUGUUUCUAACAUUUAUGCAACCCC